AUGGCACCAACAGUCCACCCCUUCCACCCCUUCGACCUAGAAUCCAGAGUCAAAAUCCUGCCUACGGGAAAACUCCGCAAACCAGACAACCAGCAAAAGCUCUCCGAGUGCGCGUUGAUGGAGAUUAUGCAGUUCGACUGUGAUGUAAAGCAGCACAAGAAACACAAGAAUGGAAUUGUGGUCUGUGAGCCGAUUCAGAGGGUGUUUAGGAGGUGUAAAGAUGGCCUUAUGGUUGAGACGACGGCUUGGGAGACGGAGAGUUGA